AUGGCCCGGACGAAUCGGGGCUUCCCGGGGGUAUUUUCUUUGGGCUGGGUGAGCGAUGAUGCCCCACAGAGCGCCCGUUGGAUGUCGCCUCACCUCGCCCAGGCCCAAGUCCACGAUGGGGGCAUUACACGCGCGCUUGCUGUUGGGAAGACCAAGGCUGCGAUUGCCGCCAAUCAGGCACAGGCUCUCGCACCCGCACAGCCGCGGGGACCGGUGGAGAGAAGUCCCUGCCGUAAGAUGACGGAGGCGGAUGGGACGGGGCAGGUUGGAGAUGCCAAGUGGACGGGUGGUGGUGGCCUGUCGCAUCCCUGA